AUGAUAUUCUUCAUCACUGACGCCACGUGCCUGGGCCUCAUGGCAUGGGCCAGUGGCUCCAUGCUCCUGGUCCUGCACAGACACAGGCAGCGAGUGCAGUACAUCUGCAGCCACAGGCUCAGCCCCAGGGCCUCCUGUGAGAUGCGAGCUGGUCGCAGCAUCCUGGUCCUGGUGAGCCUGUUCCUCUCCUUCUACUCUCUGUCUUCUGUCUUAUUCCUGUGCAUCACCCAGGUGGGGACCCCAAGCCCCUGGCUGACAGGUGGAGGAGUCCUGGGAAAUUCUUGCCUCUUUUACCUGUGUACCUGUACGUUUCUCACUGCACGAACAUGGAGACCCAUAGACCUGAUUCUCAACCAGCUGGUCUUUGCCAACACCCUGGCUCUUCUCUCCAAAGGCGUUCCUCAGACAAUGGCAGCGUUUGGGAUGAAAUCUUUCCUGGGUGAGACUGGGUGCAAGGUGGUGUUCUGUGUUUACCGCGUGUCCAGAGGGGUCACACUCAGCACCACCUGCCUGCUCAGCGGCUUCCAGGCCCUGAAACUCCAGCCCAGUGUGUCUGGCUGUGUGCAGCCCAGGCUGAGGUCUGCCAAGGGCGUCGCUCUCUGCUGUGCCCUCUGCUGGCUUCUGCAUCUCCUGUUCAAUCUGGAUGUUGGAAUGUGUAUAACUGUCUCCAAGGACAGCAAAAACUUGAGCAUGUACAGGUUCUGUUCCCUUCCUGCCUCAGGAGCAAUGGCUUUCCUGACAGGAGCUAUGAUAUUGUUCAUCACUGACGCCACGUGCCUGGGCCUCAUGGCCUGGGCCAGCGGCUCCAUGCUCCUGGUCCUGCACAGACACAGGCAGCGAGUGCAGUACAUUUGCAGCCACAGGCUCAGCCCCAGGGCCUCUUUUGAGAUGCGAGCUGCUCGCAGCAUCCUGGUCCUGGUGAGCCUGUUCCUCUCCUUCUACUCUCUGUCUUCUGCCUUAUCCCUGUGCAUCACCCAGGUGGGGACCCCGAGCCCCUGGCUGGUGAGCAUGUCCUACUUGGCCUCCUCUGGCUUCUCCACCCUCAGCCCCUUGGUGUUCAUCUUUAAUGAUGCCCGUGUCUCCCGGCUCUGCCCUGCCUAUUACACAGGAGAAGGAUGCUGGCUUUGGUGUCUGGGCUGUCUGCCUUGGAAAUCAUUACAAUUUCCAGACCUUGGCUUAUAUAUGGAACAGUCAAAGCCCAACAGUGGGUAG